AUAAGCUGAAUCGUGUGUCAUAUAUAGGCAUAUAGCUUAGCAAGGUUAUUAGAGAUAUAGGAGCGUCAAAGAUGGAAGUGACAGUGGCUAGUUGGGUAGCGCUGAGCCUCGUCCUUGUUAGCAUAAUAGUGAGAUGGGCAUGGGGUGUGCUGGAUUGGGUUUGGCUGAAGCCGAAGAAGCUAGAGAAGUGUUUGAGGGAGCAAGGUCUUCGAGGAAAACCCUACAGGUUCUUGUAUGGAGACUUGAAAGAGGACACUAUCCUCCUCCAACAUGCAAACUCGAAACCCAUGAACCUCUCUACCUCCCUUGACAUAGCACCACGACUCAUCCCUUUUCUCGAUCAAACCGUAAAGACUUAUGGUAAGAACUGUUUUACUUGGGAUGGCCCCGUACCAAGGGUGACCGUCAUGAAUCCUGAAGAUAUACAAGACGUCUUCACAAAACUAGAUGAAUUCCGGAAGCCAACAGGAAACCCGCUUACGAAGUUGCUAGCAACAGGUCUUACAAGCUAUGAAGGUGAGAAAUGGGCGAAACACAGGAAGAUUAUCAACCCAACAUUCCAUGUAGAGAAAUUAAAGAAAAUGUUACCCGCCAUUCACAAAAGCUGUGUUGAGAUGAUUAAGGAAUGGGAGAGCUUGGCAUCCAAAGAGGGCUCAUCAUGCAUGUUGGAUGUUUGGCCAUAUCUACAACACUUGACAGCUGAUGUGAUUUCUCGAACAGCAUUUGGAAGUAGCUAUCAGGAAGGAAGAAAAAUAUUUGAACUCCUUAAAGAGCAAGGGACGUUGGUAAUAAGUUCCUUACAAAGUGUUUACAUUCCGGGAUGCAGGUUUCUACCAACUAAGAGGAACAGGAGGAUGAAGCAAAUUGACAAUGAGGUAAAAGGUUUACUUGGAGGUAUAAUAAAUAAAAGAGAGAAGGCCAUUGAGGCAGGUGAAGCCACUAAAGAUGACUUAUUAGGAGCACUUAUGGAUUCAAGACUCAAGGUCAUUGAGGGAGAUGGGAACUUUGGGAUGAGUAAUGAAGAUGUAAUAGAGGAAUGUAAGCUAUUUUACUUUGGCGGGCAAGAGACUGCUUCAAUAUUACUGGUUUGGACAAUAAUAUUACUUUGCCAGAAUCGUAAUUGGCAAGAUCAAGCGAGGCAAGAGGUUUUGCAAGUCUGUGGAAGCAACAAGCCAGACUUUGAUGGACUAAAUCACCUAAAAGUUGUAACCAUGAUAUUACUUGAAGUUCUUCGAUUGUACCCUGCAUUGGUUGUGAUGAAUCGAACCAUUGGCAAGAAAACACAACUCGGAAAAUUAUCACUACCGGCUGGAGUCCAAGUCAGCUUACCUGCACUGCUCAUUCACCGUGACAAAGAACUGUGGGGUGAUGAUGCAAACGAGUUCAAUCCUGAAAGGUUUUCAGAUGGAGUUUCCAAGGCAACAAGAAACCCACUAUCAUUCUUCCCUUUUGGAGCGGGUCCUCGAAUUUGUGUUGGACACAAUUUUGCUAUGUUGGAAGCCAAGUUGGCCUUAUCAUUGAUCUUGCAACACUUUAACUUUGAGCUUUCUCCAUCUUAUGCUCAUGCUCCUUCCUCACCUAUGAUCAGACCACAACACGGUGCUCUUAUCGUUUUACAUAUGCGUUAAGGUGUUGUGUCACUCAAAAAAUGGUGUGAAAUGAUUUUGAGUUUAAGUAUGUCAUUUUGAGUUGUAAGCAUGCAUGCAAUUAUACUGAUUACAUGUAUUUUGCUUUGGUUCUCUCGAUUUCAUAUAUUGUACUCUGUUGUAUGUCUAGCUUGAAAAACAAGGGAUUUUUGUUAAUGCAUUUCAUGUAAACAAUCAUUUUCUUCUUAAAAUAAUCAAAUUAAUGUUGAAAAUGAUA